GUGUCGCCCAUGAUGAACAGUUUAUCUCUUUUAUUCUUAUUCUUUUUUAUUUGUUUCUUUUGAUGUAAUUUGUGAAAAUAAAUUAACCCAAACGCAACAAAGAAUGAAAUUAAAAAAAAAUUGAAAAAAAAGAAGAAGCAUCGGUGGAAAGACAACUCCGUAAAAAAAAAGAGUGAAGCUGAUAUAAUUCAUAUCAUGGAUUCCAUUCAAUAUUUACUAUAGAUAAGAAGAGACCUGUUGCACCAGAUCGUGAAUACCCCUAUUGGUUAAUUUAAUGAAAGAUGACGAACGACUGAAAAACGAACGCAUCAAAGCGCUCAAAGCAAAAGAACGUUUCUCUCAAAAUGCCAGUGGCUUUGGCAGUGAUGGUUACCCAGAUGGGCCAGUCAAUCGAGAAAAUCAACCAGCCGAUUGGCAAGAAGAACCAAAGCCUGUGUCUGAUUUGGAAUUUGUACGUCCACAGACAGCUGGCGAGGAAGAAUUACAAUUGCAACUGGCAAUGUUAAUGUCAAGGGAAGAGGCCGAACAAGAGGAAGGCAAACGUCGCAGUGAUGAUGUGCGUUUGCAAUUUGCAUUGAGUCAAAGUGAAAAUGAUUUUAAAGUUAAACCAGACCAGAACCCAAGGGUAGUGAACCGCAACAGAGCCAUUUGCUGAAUUUGUUGGAUAGCAACAAGUCUAUCGAGCA